UCGCUACGGCAGUCGCCUACGUGACGUAGCUGAAAGCGCUACGCGUUUAGCUACGUCGUAGCGUUUUAAAAUACGCGUUUUACGGGUUCGUGCAAAACUGACCGAUUAAAAGAAACGUAUGUUAGUGGUUUUAUCAUUGUGAUAAAUAAAUUUCCUUCUGUUGGUUAGACAAAGAGCAAUUAAUAUUUUAUUAUAUUAAGGGGCAAGCCCAAAGGGCGCCUAAAGCCAAGCUGAUUAAAACAAAUUAAGCUGCAAAAUGGUUUAAUUUUCUGAACAAAGAAGUGAUUAAGUAAAUGUUAGCAUUUUAGCGAUUUUGCAAAAUAAUGCGCGUUGAUGUGAAAAUUAUUCACGUUUUAGCCGGCGCCUCUCCCUAUAGAAACUUUUAAGUGUAUUAAAAAAAAGAAGACUAAGGAAUAAGAGUGGAACUAAAACAAGUGUAAUAAAAAUGUGUUCGUUGUUGUGGAUUUUAAGCAUUUUCGCAAUUUUUGUGGCAGACGUACGAACGGGUGCUUUACAGCAGAAAGAUUUAUCGCCUCGUAGAUGCCACCACUGUGCUCACAAAGCACGUUGUGAACUCGACAGUUCGCCUGUCGUGUGUCCAGCUGGGCAGCCAUUAUGCGCCACCGUGGCGAGUGCACCCAACUUUACAUCUACACUUACCUGCGCAACUGCAAGCGAGUCACCUUGUUCAUUAAUUUAUAAUUCGAAAUUGGCACUAGAGAUGACCUGUAUAUGCAACGAUCACCUCUGCAACGCGCCGUAUUCCUCUCAGUUUCGAAAUGAGCUACUCAAUUUUUCAACGCAAAUCCCUGCCAACACUAGCACCGAGCUCACCGAAACGUUUCUAAAAUCCUCUUUUUUUGCGAACGUGACUAAAAUGGAAUUGUAUGAAACGAUAACCAUUGUUAGAGACGCGGAAGAAAAAAAGACAACGCUUUUUUCCGCUCAAUCAACGACGGUUGGUUUAAUAUCAAUUGGUGCUGCUGAAGACGUUCCACCGCGGGCUGAAGCCUUGAAGCACGAAGCAACCGUUCCACCGGAUGAUGAUGAGGAUGAGGUCGAGGGGAGCGGAAAUUUUGAAGAGACUAAGUCUCAAGCGGCAGCUCCCGCCGCUCCUAGUUCUUACUUACCAGCAGAAGAAAAUAAAGUAGCUCCCGUAUUUAUAAACACAUACUUAUUAGCAUUGACAAUAUUUUAUCGACAUGCGAUAUGGUAAAAAUUGACAGUGAAAUAAGUUAUUCUUUGUUUAAAAAAUUUGUACACGAGUCUUUUAAUAUUUUAAUGUCCAUAGCGUUGACUUUAAAUUAGAAUAACUAAGGGAACAAAAUUUCCAAAUAACACCG